AUGACCAAGACAGAAGCACUGUUCAAGAGAAAAAUUAGUCAAGUCCCACGACUGAGUUCCAACUCGGAAUGGAGGGCUUUACAAGACCUACGGUCGUCACUGGGAAUUCGAGCGAAAGAUUGGCCUAGAAAAACUAACCCAUGUUUGAAUUGGACUGGAAUAGAGUGCCAAAAUGGUCGUGUAAUUGGAAUAAAUUUAUCUGGGUUAAGAAGAACUCGAAAAGGAAAACUCAAUCCGCUAUUUGCUGUUGAUUCUUUACCCGAUUUUACGUUGUUGGCUUCCUUUAAUUCAUCUAGGUUUUUGCUUCCAGGGUCAAUUCCAGAAUGGUUAGGCCAAAGGUUAAGUAAUCUCCAGAUUCUUGAUCUCAGGUCUUGUUCAAUUUAUGGUUCAAUUCCAUCGUCAAUUGGAGGGUUAAGUAGGCUUAGGUCUUUAUAUUUAUCGGAUAAUUCGCUUACAGGGCUAAUUCCAGCUGCAUUGGGGAGUUUCUUUUCAUUAUCUACUCUUGAUCUUUCGAGAAAUCGAUUAACAGGGCUUAUUCCAAGUGAGAUUUCGGCACUUGGGAAUCUCACUAGUCUUGACCUGUCUUCUAAUUAUCUAUCGGGUGGGAUUCCAAUUGGUUUUGGUUCACUUUCUAGUCUUAAGUUCUUGAAUUUAAGUAAUAAUAGUCUUGGUGGUUCUGUUCCUGCUCAGCUGGGCAAUCUUUCCCAGUUAAAAGUUCUUGAUCUUGGCAUUAUUGUUACUAAUAACUGCUUGACAAGUGUACCAAGGCAGAGGAAUUUGGAGGACUGUAGCAAGUUUUACUCUGAGAGAGGUCUAUUUUUUGGCAACAAUACUACACCCAAGCCAUUGGAACCUCCACUAGUGAAACCUGCGAAGAGCAGAAAAAGAUUGACGUAUAUAAUAGUUGGACUUUUUGGUGGACUUGGCUUCGUCGUAAUUCUGGUAGCAGGAGUGUUAUUGCUUAUGAAGACAUGUAGAAUAGGACGUCGAAAUCAUCAAAGGAGUACAAAUGAGAGGCCUGUUCAAGGAGGAGGUAGAGAGCAAUCUCCAAAGGUUUAUAUUGACUUGUCUGGGAUUGGAGAAUCAUUUGCAUACGAGCAGAUACUCGAAGCUACGUGUAAUUUUAGUGAUGAAAACCUUAUAAAGCAUGGUCACUCUGGAGAUAUCUUUCAGGGAACGUUUGAAGGUGGAUACUCAGUAGUUAUCAAGAAAGUUAAUUUACAUUUGUUGGGUGAAGAAUCAUGCAUGUCUGAGUUGGAUUUACUAGGAAAGAUCACGCACCCAAGGUUACCCAAUUCAGAAGAUGAAAGCUUGCAGUCUUUGGAUUGGAUUACGAGAUUGAAAAUUGCAAUUGGAACUGCUGAUGCCUUAUCUUACUUGCACCACGAAUGCAAUCCUCCACUCGUCCAUAGAGAUAUUCAAGCUAGCAGUAUCUUCCUAGAUGACAAAUAUGAAGUACGGCUGGGAAGCUUGAGUGAAGUUUGUGCUCAAGGAGGAGAUAAUCAUAAGAGCAUGAUUGCAAGGUUUCUUCAGACGCCGCAGACUUCUGGAAGACGCCCAUCUGGAUCAUCAUCUGCUAUUUGUGCCUAUGAUGUAUACUGCUUUGGAAAGGUCUUACUCGAGCUUGUAACUGGUAGGCUUGGCAUCAGCAGCUCAAAUGACGCCCAUGCAAAGAAGUGGUUGAUUACCAAUUUAUCCUUUAUCAGUAUAUACGAGAAGGAAUUGGUAGUCAAGAUUGUAGACCAAUCUCUCGUUAUAGACGAGGAUCUUCUUGAAGAGGUCUGGGCCGUUGCAAUAGUGGCGAAGUCGUGUCUGAAUCCCAAAGCUUCUAGACGACCUUCAAUGAGACAUGUACUCAAAGCAUUGGAAAACCCUUUUAAGGUAGUGAGGGAGGAAAAUUUCAGCUCGGGGAGGCUCAGAACAACUUCAUCAAGGAAUUCGUGGACUGCUGCAUUCUUCGGUAGUUGGCGCCACAGCUCAUCAGAAAGUUCUAAUAGUCAAACGAACAAAGAAAUUAUCGCUGGUCUAAAGCAGACGGAGAGAACUGGUUCUCGUAGUAGUGGCGCUAAUGAUCAUUCAUCUUCACAUAAAAGAACGUCCAGUGAGGUUUUCCCUGAACCUGUUGAGAUGCAAGAUGUUGAGAAACAGGAUGGGAGCUGCUAA